UCUUACAGCAGACUUCACCCGACAGCUGAUGUAGUCGCACACUCUCUCUUUCACCCCACAAGGCGCACUCUGCACCGAGCACUCCAGUCCUGAACGAGCUUGGAAGUUGGCGGUGCGAGAGUAGUCUGACUUUUGGAUAUCCACCACUGUGGGAAAAAGUGCACUUGUUUUGCGAGGAUAGUUGCCAUAUCCACCGUAGCUGCCUACCGGCAACGGUUUUAGCCUUCUGCGUUGAGAGCCCGUCCUUCAUUACAGUCAUGUCCGAGGUUCUGCCCUACGGCGAAGGGAAAAUGAGCGGAUACGGAGCUGACAACGAUGUCAGUCAAAUGUCCUUCAGCUGCGGGCUGCAGGACACCAACGCGUUCUUCGGAGCGUCGCAGGCGAAAAGACCUCCAAAACUUGGACAGAUCGGCAGAGCGAAGAGAGUGGUCAUCGAGGACGACCGAAUAGACGAGGUGCUGAAAGGCAUGACCGACAAAUCAUCACCGGGUGUUUAAACCCGAUCGAUGGCAUGCAGACAUUUCAAUUUUUUUCAAUCACCGAUUUGAAGCACUUGUCGGUUGUGCAUGUGAAGAAGAUUGCAAAGAGAUGGAGUGAUGAUGGCACGACGUGCAAACCAAGAGGGGUCUUCACAAAAGGGCAAAUGAAAGAAUGGAGAGAUGGAAUGAACGAGAUUUAUUUUCGGGGAUUUGCUGGCAAUCCUCCAAGAAACGACACCCAAAUGAAAGCUUUGAGAAAGAUGUUGCUGUGGCUGUGCUCUCUGUGGCUCUGCUCAUGUGAAUAGAGAUGGAUGGACAUGUCAUUAUUAUUCCACAACCAUCAUCUUCCAAAAGCGCUGUAAGCAAAACGAAGUUCAACCGAAGACUGAACCGCAUCUCAAGCUCUGUUAUUUUAUCUGUACAGUACUAUCUAAGCUCAAAGACCUUCCCCUUAACACACACACACACACACACACACCGUGAAGGCACGUUGAUGGGUCUGCCUUGAGCGUCGACUGCUGCUUUUAGAGACAUUGUAGACACAUACAAAGACAUUGAACUCCCAUAAAGAUAAUUGAACUUCUAUAGCCUACGUAUAUAUGCGGAUGGUGCAAUGUGAAUAUUUUCUUUCUCUCUUUUGCAUCAUGUUCUUUUUCCCCCAAAAUUUGAGAAUUUAUUAGCAUUCACAUGCCCACAGGCGUUGAAGCGUAUAGUCUUUGCGUUGUUUGGUGAUCUAUUGUUUUGCCCUCCACUGCAGCUGCUUUUGCGCUUCAUGCACCUGCGCCAAGGAUUCACAUCAUCAUUACAGCACAGAAGAAAAGUGUGCAUUACGCCCUAAUGUAAUUAACCAGACAUGAAGACGUCUCUCUUCCAUGCUUUCUAGUUUUAUAUCUUUUUUUCUUUUCUUCACCGUUGUGUCCAUCUCUUUGCAUGAACAUUCACUCCGGUGCCAACAAAGGUGCCACCAUGAAUCUUACCCUGGCACGCUUCUUUUGAAAAAAGUAAUAUUUGUAUUUUUAUAUCUAAAUAUUUGUUAUUUAAAUGAUAUGCUAGUAUGUUGUCUUAAAUUCAAGAAAAUCUUUAGACAGGGACGAGAGGAUUAUUCAGUUUGGUUAGGAUGUUUUUUUAAUUUUUUUUUUUAAAUGACUUACCAAAUGAAUGUUUCUCUGGUUUUUUUGCACACAUCCGUGUUGAACUACUGUUAGAUAUGGAAAUCGUAAACUGUGACUUGAGCUUCGUUGAUGAAUUUGUUAGAAAAUGGCGAUAUUAGAAAUCUACUGCACUUACGAAUAUCUUCAAAUAACAUGUUGUUAUUUGACAGGAUUUUGGACAUUUUUCUUUUUGAUUUGUAUUUUUAUUUUUUUUGUACCAUUAUUCUAAAGAAACUAACUAUGGUUUGUUGUGCAUGAAACCUUAAUACUUUUCAAUAAUGGAACAUCGUUUUAUUAAGCAAAAAAAGCUUCAAAAAAUGUCAUGACAUUCUAAGAAUGAAUCAUUGCAUAUUAAAAUACCAUUUUCACUGUAUUUGGUGAAUAAAUAAAUGGUGGAAGAACAUA